AUGAUCAACUGGAAGGAGACCCCAGCAGCCCAUGUGUUCAAGGCAUACCUUCCGGGGCUGAAGAAAGAAGAGGUGAAGGUGGAGCUCGAGGACGGCAUGGUGCUUCAGAUCAGUGGAGAGAGAAAUGUAGAGAUGGUGGACAAGAACGACAAAUGGCACAGAGUGGAGCACAGCAGCGGCAAGUUCUUGAGGAGGUUUCAGCUUCCAGAGAAUGCAAGGGUAGACGAGAUUAAGGCUGCAAUGGAGAAUGGGGUUCUGAGUGUCACUGUUCCCAAGGCAGGGCCAAAGCCAUUGAAAUCUCUGGUUAAUAUCGUCUCUGUAUUCUCUACUGCAAUUCACAUUAUGUUUCAAUAUUAA